GACCAAACUUGAAGUUGGCCUUAUGAAAUAGAUCCAACCCAGAACAAACAUGACUUGAUUAUAUUCAGCGCCACCUACCGGUGGAAUUAGCCAGCCAGAAAGACAAUAUGGCGGACGCAGGAUUUUUUAAGGGCACCACUGCUGAGCAGGACAAUCGAUUUGCGGAUAAAAAAAAGAAACUAAUGAAAUCAAUGAAGUUUGGGGAUAGUCUAGAGAACAAAGUGGAUAUGACCAAAGUGAAUGUUGAUACGUUAAAACCAUGGAUUGCACAAAGAAUAACUGAGUUAUUAGGAAUAGAAGACGAUGUUGUUGUUGAGUUUGUUUAUAAUCAAUUAGAGGAAAGGUUUCCUGAUCCUAAAGAUAUGCAGAUCAAUUUGACUGGUUUCCUCAACCCAAAAAAUGCAAGAAUCUUUCUACAAGAAUUGUGGGAGCUACUGAAUAGUGCCCAAGAGAAUAUUGCUGGUAUUCCAUCCAAGUUUUUAGAACAGAAAAAGGAAGAAAUAAAGAAAAGACAGGCAGAACAUGAACGGAUUCAAGCUAAUCUGAAAAAACAUGAAGAACAGAUCAAGGAGGAGUUAAGUCGUGGAAGAAGAGAAAGUGAUAGAAAAGACAGUUCACCAUCAAGCAGAAAAACUCGUUCAAGGUCAAAAUCUCCUGGUGGAAAAAAGAAAAGAUCAGUAACACCAAGUGGUAAAGAUAAAUCUAAAUCUCCUGAUAAAACAGUAGAAAAAAAUGGAGAUGAUAGUAAAAUAAAAGAAAUUACAGAUGAUAAAGAACAAGAUAAUGAAAAGAAUGGUGAUGAAAGUGGUACCGUCGGUGACAAAAAGACAAGUAAAAAAGAAAAGAAAUCUAGAUCUCGGUCUCAUUCUGCCUCAAAGUCGAGAUCUCGAUCGAGAUCAAGAGAGAAAAAACGCCGCAGUCGUUCCAGAUCCACAGACAGAAAACGUAGGCGGUCGAGAUCCAGAUCACAUUCACCAAGAAAAAGGCGUUCUCCACAUAGAUAUUCCCCUAAAAGACGAUCUUCACCCAGACGUAGAUCUCCUAGACGUCGGUCUCCAUCACCUAGAAGAAGAGGAGGAUCACCAAGAAGACAUAUGUCUGAUCGUAGAAGUUAUAGAUCUCCCCCUAGAAGACAUGUCAGAUCACCUCGGAGAAGUCCUGAACAAAUAAAACCGACUAGAAAGAGAUCUAGUAGUUCAAGUUCAAGAUCUAGUUCAGCUUCCGAUUCUGGUAGUGCUAGUCCAAGAAACAAGAAGAAAACACUAAAAAAGAAAGCUGGGGACUAUUUAAAAAAGUCAGAAGUCUUUGCUGUAGAUUGUUGGUAA